AUGCCCGGCUACGCUGAGAUCUACGCCGAACUUCUUUACCUGGGAGGUGAAGGCUAUCCACUCUGGUAUCCAUCCGCACUGCGCCUCGGUGACGUCGGCUAUAUUCGAGACGGCUCAUUCAAACAACUCUACAACAUCGUAGAUGGGCCUGGUACUCAGUCCGAUGCCGCUAGCCUUCUUACGGCUAUUCAUUCCGAUCGUUCCCCCUCGAGCGAACAUGGACACGGUGAAUCAAGUGCCAAGAAAGCGAGGUUGAAUCUACAUGACCCAGUCGGUGCCCCGACCGAUCCAGUCAGCCCGUCUCCCAGCUCUUCAUUGGCAGCGUCCCCUUUGAUCUCCUCGGUGUCUGUGGGAAUGUCCAGAUCUCACAGUUCGGAGCCGCUGCUUCCACACUCAGCUCAAAAAGGCUCUCCCACUUUCUUGCACAGGAGGUUCCAUUCCGGUACGCCUCCCGAACCUUCUCAACCCCCAGGGCGCUUCGAAGUUAGAGAAUUAGCUACCAGCCCCCCAUUCCACAUGGGUCCACGCAUGUCUUCUAGCUUCCGCUGUCUCGGUGUGAAUGGAGACGCUUCUGUACCAAGCUCGCCUGCCAACGUCAAGAUUGGUUUCGAGAGCUCGGGCGGCGACGGCGCAAUCCUCAUCCCUCGAGAUCCAACCGAAAUUACUGAGCUCGAUGACCUUGGCGAGCUCAAAGCCUACGUCAAGAAGCAUUACGAGUGGAUGUACCAGACGUACGGUGAAGCCAAGUCUAUCAAAACGAAAGAUCUCACCCUGAUCUACAAGCAAUAUCGCACCUCCGACUGGGCCAUGGCUGUGAUCUGCCAUGGAGACAAGCGUGUCAAGGCCGAGUUUGAAGUUUUUGGCAGCGUUUCGGCAGGUUUCUGGGGCAACUGGUCGAGUGGGGUUACCGCCUCCCAGCGAGGUCCACACCGACCUCAACGCGCGAGAGACACCCAUAAUUACGGCCAGGGUAAGCCUCCUGCCCUUCUUCAGCGACACGGCAAGGGCAACAGCAGCUUGGGUGUGAGCAUUGACGGUGGUCUCAAUCACCAGUCGUUCUCCUAUGCAUCCUCUUCAUCGAAAGAAUCUGCUUACAAUGGUCUAGGUCGACGCUCUCGUAAGGAAAAUACAGCAGACAGCUCUCCUAAACCGAUGGAUCAGACCAUUUUGAUCAAUCGGCUCACAGUCUCUUCUGUUCUUGGCUUCUUGCCCGUGCGUAUCAAAGCGGCAGCUGAACCUCGUGAUCCAGACAUGGAUCGCGACCAAGACCACGGGUCUGAUGCAGUGAGCGGACAGGAUGGAAACCAAGGUGGGGAUGACGAUCCGGGCAAGAGGAAUCACUGGAGUGACGAUCCGUUGGAGGCGUUGCACGAUUGGAUCCACAAGCACGGCGGUGCACAGAUCAAGGUAUCGAUCGCUACGGACGACGAUUGCCUUCAGCUGCUUCGGCAGCUGGGCCAGAGGUAUGCCUCAAAAUUUGGACUUCGGGCAGCUGUGCGUACGGCUGCCGACCGGUUUGCCCGCAUCUCGGUCGACGAAGCGGGGUUCGCAACCGUUUCGAUCAGCCGUGUACCCUUUAAAGCUUCGAAACUUGUUUCUACUCCAUCGGCAGCACUCGAUCCCUCACCGAAGACUACCGCAGCUGAUCAUGACACACAAUUCGACCUCAGACAGGGAGAACAUGGCUCAAAGUACGACUGUCGAUGUGAGACGUAG